AUGGAGCAGGCCCUUGCAUCAGAGAUCCUAGUGAUGCUGAAAAGGGCAAACACACCCCCUAGAGCAGACAAAGCUAAAACAUGUCGAUUUCACCGAAACAGGGGGCACUCAACUGAAGAAUGCUCGACACUGAAAGACAAACUCGAGGACCUAAUCAAACAAGGUCACCUCAGGAGCUUUGUCACUCCCCAAGGCCACCAGUCAAGGGGGAGAGACUGUCACCCUCGGGAAACGUCACCGUCGAGAGACCGACGCCACCGAUCCCGAUCAGCGGAAAGGAGGGACCACCCACGGCAUUCCCGUGACGAAACCGACCGACCAAGGAAGGUAAUAAAUACCAUAGCCGGAGGUUUCACCGGGGGAGGCGCCACCUCUUCGGCACGAAAGAGACACCUCCGAGCUGUCCGAUCCAUCAACAGCGUCAAUCAACUAAAGACGCCUACGAUACCCCCAAUAACUUUUUCCGAUCGAGAUUUUCGUGGCGUUGACCCCGUGCAAGACGACCCUAUGGUCAUUUCGGUCGAAAUACACAACUGCAUUGUGAAGAAAACCUUGGUCGACUAG